GAAUGAUUUGAACUAUUAAAGGAGGGGGGGGGGGGUCUGCCAACUCCAGUGGCGCAGUCCUGUGUCUCUGUAGAGAGAGAGAUAGAGAUAGAGAGAGAGAGGGAGAGAGAGAGAAAGAGAGAGAGAGAGAGACCAUGCGUGGCCAUUCGAAGGAGCUGACCUGUACCUUCCCCCCCAACCUUCCCCAUUCCUGCCUCUGGGCUGCCGGGCGGUGCCUUGCUCUCCUUUGUCCACUCUAGCGGAGGGACAGCCAGGUCCCUCUGACGUCACCUGCCCCGCUGCUGUAAUCGAAUGAGACGUUAAUCCCACUCCUCUGCAAAGCUGCUCUGUGGGGAAAACGAAAGAGAGAGAGAGAGAGGGAGAGGGAGAGGGAGAGAGAGAGAAAGAGAAAGAGAGAGAGAGAGGAAGGGAGGGAGGGAGAGAAAGAGGGAGGUGGGGGGAGGUGAGUGGAGAGUGGAAGAGAGCAGCUGGUAGCAGUGCACUGAGGCUGUUACUGUGUUGCCGUCUGGGCUCUUCGGCUCUUUCUUCAGCUGACCCACAGCCGAGAGCGAGAGGCCUCUCCAGCUCACCGGGUCACUGAGCCGCCGCCGCAGCCCCCAGCUCUCCCCUCUUGACCCGCAACACCUACCCCCUACCCCCACCCACCCUACAUCUACUCCAGGCCUCGCCCUGGAGACCAACUGCCCCCCCGGGGGGCCGGCGGAGGGCGGAUGCUGUGGAAGUUGCCCCCCUCCGCAGGCGGCCCCGGUGCCUCAGAUGAUCAUGCCUACCAUCACCGGCGUGGAGGUGUGCCAAGAUGGAGAGGACGGAUGCCUGCCCUGCGACAGUGGGAUGGAUCUGAUGGGAUCCCAGGAUAUGACCAUGGAGGAUAUUCCUCUGGACAGGAAAAUAGAAAAUAGGCUGCCCAUUCAAAUCUUCCCCGAUCCCGUGGAGGUGGUCCUGGGCCCUGAGGGCACACUGACCUGCGUGGACCACGGGAAGGAGCGCCUACCGUCCAUUGUGGUGGAGCCCACGGACGUGUCCGAGGUAGAGAGCGGAGAGCUGCGUUGGCCCCCGGAGGACAUGGACUUCGAGGACGACGAGGACCUGUUCCUGGAGCAGUGCAUCCCCCCCGCCAACAUCGCCGACUGGGGCGAAGACGAGGAGGAGGAGGCUGCCGCUGUCGUGGUGAACCACCAGCAGCACACCUCCCUAUUAGAUCUCCAGACAGAUGAGUUUAGGGAUGAAACGCCUACUUUACCUCCAGAGAGUGCCCCUGCUUUAAACUGAGGCUCCUCUUAACUGCCCUCACUCCAUCCUGAAGCCUACAUCUCAACUAGGAGGCAGAGGAGACACUCUGUGGACACUUUACUCUUCACACGUCUCAUUCUCUUUGCAGGAUGAGCAUUCCCUCACUGAAUAGAGUUAAAAAGUAUAAAAAACGGUCACACUCCAUAAACGUUUGUUUUCUCUUUAAUAUUUCAAUUAGUAGCGACAGAGGUUACAGGGUCUACUUUCACAUCCACUGAACAGGGUGACUAUACAGUAUGUUACCCUUAUGCCUAGCUGGUGUUCAGUGUUACAAUAUCUCAUGAUAGUUUCAACAAAAGUGCUGACCAGUCAUAAUGUAUGAGAACAGUUUUAUCAUUUCACAUCAAAAAGGGAUUUUUAUGCUGCUUUUUAAAAUCGCUGUAAAUAUGUUUUAUCAUCAAGUUAACAAAAUGAAGGAAGACGUGCAAGAGUGAUUGAUGUGUCAGUUUUUAGGAAAUAUUGAGAAAUCGUGUAACCGCAGAGAUGUUAUUUAGUGGACAUUUUGGGAAGUGAUACCCAGUUGACUACAAACUUCUUCUGUGUUUCUUUUUUACACAUCUUCCUAUAUGUCAGCAUUCUGUCAUUAUAUUGCAAUCAUAAAGUCUCAUGUAUUGUUUUCUGAUGACAUUUAAAAUCCUUUGAUAUACUAUAGCGAGAGUGUAAGCAUCUGUAUUAUUUUUAAAAACAUUUUUUUUUUUGGUUGCUUAAUGUCAUUUUUGCUUUGCCAACC